AUGUGGUCGUUUGAUUUGGCGUACAGGCAACCAACAGACUACACGCGCACGCAGGUUCGAACAGCCACCGACAAGCCCAAGAACAAUGAUGUGUCCCUUCCAUUAGAUGCUGCAAAUCGCCGGCCCGCAGGUGAUCGGCAUAAUCAGCGAAAUGCGUCCGGUAAGAGCUCUGCAUGUGGCAUGCUGCCUGCUGCCGCCUGCUGCCUCGGUCCGGACCCCUCCAUGCUAAUUGGCGGCUUAGGCUCCGAAGAAAUCGUGCUAGGUCCUCCCAAGUUGGGUUUUGCCUCAACAUCCCUUCGCACUGCCGGAAUCAAACUUGCUGGGGACUUGGACCGGGCGUCUCGGGACGCGGAUACGCGGGACCGGUUCGGAGUGCGAGGACGAAACGAUGCAUCGGAUGCCAGCAACUUUAAUAACGGCAGCGGGGGAUAUGGGAACGGCAACGGUGAUCGCACACGUGACGGCCGCAAUAACCGGCGCCGGGGCGAUGCAGACCAAGACGGUGAAGGAUGGAGCACGGUCAAGCCUCGUAAGAGCUUCGGCCACGAAGGUGCCGAGCGGUUCCACGGCCGCAUGGGCGGUGGUGGUAGUGGCGUCAGUGGCGGCGGCAUUGAACGGUUUGGGCGUGACGGCAAGCCGAGAGAGCGAGACGAUGGUGAUGUCGGUGGUCGAGACCGCCCUCGCCGUACAUUUGAUCGUGAUGUGACGCGAGACCGGGACGGCGGGGACGAAAACGAUGGACCCCGUCGAAAUGGCGUCUUGGGGGGUCGAGGACCCUGGUUCAAGGAUAGCAAUGGCGGCUCGACGGAGGAACGGCCAGAGCGAACGGAUCGUACGGAUCGUACAGACCGUACGGAACGCAACAGCCAGCGAGAGCGUAUUGACCGCACAAAGAACUGGCGGGAGCGUGAUCCUGAUCUCCAGCCGAUGGAUAAUUACAGAGAGAAGAACAACCACAACGAACGUGGUGGCGGCAACGGCCACGACCGCCGAUGGGACCGGGACCGGGACCGAGAUCAUUACCAGCACCGGGUCGAACGGGAGCCCGAGUGGCUUGACGAGCCUGCUCCCUUGGGGAAGACGAGAUGA